AUGCACGGUGCUGCCAAGAAACUCAUGGAGAAAAAGGACUUCAAGGACUUGGAUGCUGAUGGUGAUGGCGUGGUCUCGCAGAAUGAGAUCACCACCGCACUGGCCGACAUGAAGGUUGAUGGCCAGGAAGCUGAGCAAGCGAAGCGAGAGAUCUUGCAGCAUGUGGACAAGGAUGGCGACGGCGUCAUCUCACAGGAGGAGUUCCGAAGCGCCAGGGCAGAUGUCGCUGAUGUGAAGCAAGCGCAGGCUGCUGAAAAGAAGGUGCUUGUUCGGAGCAUCCUGAGCGGCACCUACUCCGAUGUCUCGAAGAGGCUCCUGCAGGAGAAGAGCUUCCAAGAGCUAGACAAGGACGGAGAUGGUCGGGUCACCGAGCAGGAGGUGUCUGUGGCGCUGGCCAGCAUGUCCGUGAAUAGGCAGGAGGCCACGCAGGCCACGGCCGAACUAAUGCAGCAAGCCGACAAAGAUGGCGAUGGCACCAUUUCUCAGGAGGAGCUGCUUCAGGCCAAGGCCGAGGUGGGGGGUGUAGGCACUUUCCGGGAGCCAAAGUCGUUGACGCGAAGUUUGCUGGCUCUCACGUAUUCAGACAUUGCCAAGCGAUUGCUGCAAGAGAAGAGCUUCAAGGAGCUAGACAAGGACCGAGUUGA